UGAGCCGAGCUGAGCCUCGCCUAGCUCCGGCAGCCUCAGCUUCAGCACCAGCCGCACCGGAACCCGGACCGCAGCCACUAAGGGCAGCGGCGGCGGCGGGAGCCAGGCGCGCAGCUAGCAGCUGCGCGGUCGGGAAGCAGCAGCCGCCGCCGCCGCCGCCGCCGCCGCGACGGGCAGCUGGGCUCGCGGGCAGCCGGCUCGGGCCCCCACGCUCUCGGCUACGUGUCCCCGGCGCCGGGCGGCCGGCGAGUCUGGAGCCCGCGCCGUCGCCGGCCGCGUCCUCCAGGCAUGGAAGGAGGCGGCAAGCCCAACUCUUCGUCUAACAGCCGGGACGAUGGCAACAGCGUCUUCCCUGCCAAGGCGUCCGCGACGGGCGCGGGGCCGGCCGCGGCCGAGAAGCGCCUGGGCACCCCGCCGGGGGGCGGCGGGGCCGGCGCGAAGGAGCACGGCAACUCCGUGUGCUUCAAGGUGGACGGCGGCGGCGGCGGCGAGGAGCCGGCGGGGGGCUUCGAAGACGCCGAGGGGCCCCGGAGGCAGUACGGCUUCAUGCAGAGGCAGUUCACCUCCAUGCUGCAGCCCGGGGUCAACAAAUUCUCCCUCCGCAUGUUUGGGAGCCAGAAGGCGGUGGAAAAGGAGCAGGAAAGGGUUAAAACUGCAGGCUUCUGGAUUAUCCACCCUUACAGCGAUUUCAGGUUUUACUGGGAUUUAAUAAUGCUUAUAAUGAUGGUUGGAAAUCUAGUCAUCAUACCAGUUGGCAUCACAUUCUUUACAGAGCAAACAACAACACCAUGGAUUAUUUUCAAUGUGGCAUCAGAUACAGUUUUCCUAUUGGACCUGAUCAUGAAUUUUAGGACUGGGACUGUCAACGAAGACAGUUCUGAAAUCAUCCUGGACCCCAAAGUGAUCAAGAUGAAUUAUUUAAAAAGCUGGUUUGUGGUUGACUUCAUCUCAUCCAUCCCAGUGGAUUAUAUCUUUCUUAUUGUAGAAAAAGGAAUGGAUUCAGAAGUUUACAAGACAGCCAGGGCACUUCGCAUUGUGAGGUUUACAAAAAUUCUCAGUCUCUUACGUUUAUUACGACUUUCAAGGUUAAUUAGAUACAUACAUCAGUGGGAAGAGAUAUUCCACAUGACAUAUGACCUCGCCAGUGCAGUGGUGAGAAUUUUUAAUCUCAUCGGCAUGAUGCUGCUGCUGUGCCACUGGGAUGGUUGCCUUCAGUUCUUAGUACCACUACUGCAGGACUUCCCACCAGAUUGCUGGGUGUCUUUAAAUGAAAUGGUUAAUGAUUCUUGGGGAAAGCAGUAUUCAUACGCACUCUUCAAAGCUAUGAGUCACAUGCUGUGCAUUGGGUAUGGAGCCCAAGCCCCAGUCAGCAUGUCUGACCUCUGGAUUACCAUGCUGAGCAUGAUCGUCGGGGCCACCUGCUAUGCCAUGUUUGUCGGCCAUGCCACCGCUUUAAUCCAGUCUCUGGAUUCUUCGAGGCGGCAGUAUCAAGAGAAGUAUAAGCAAGUGGAACAAUACAUGUCAUUCCAUAAGUUACCAGCUGAUAUGCGUCAGAAGAUACAUGAUUACUAUGAACACAGAUACCAAGGCAAAAUCUUUGAUGAGGAAAAUAUCCUCAAUGAACUCAAUGAUCCUCUGAGAGAGGAGAUAGUCAACUUCAACUGUCGGAAACUGGUGGCUACAAUGCCUUUAUUUGCUAAUGCGGAUCCUAAUUUUGUGACUGCCAUGCUGAGCAAGUUGAGAUUUGAGGUGUUUCAACCUGGAGAUUAUAUCAUACGAGAAGGAGCCGUGGGUAAAAAAAUGUAUUUCAUUCAACACGGUGUUGCUGGUGUCAUUACAAAAUCCAGUAAAGAAAUGAAGCUGACAGAUGGCUCUUACUUUGGAGAGAUUUGCCUGCUGACCAAAGGACGUCGUACUGCCAGUGUUCGAGCUGAUACAUAUUGUCGUCUUUACUCACUUUCCGUGGACAAUUUCAACGAGGUCCUGGAGGAAUAUCCAAUGAUGAGGAGAGCUUUUGAGACAGUUGCCAUUGACCGACUAGAUCGAAUAGGAAAGAAAAAUUCAAUUCUUCUGCAAAAGUUCCAGAAGGAUCUGAACACUGGUGUUUUCAACAAUCAGGAGAACGAAAUCCUCAAGCAGAUUGUGAAACAUGACAGGGAGAUGGUGCAGGCAAUCGCUCCCAUCAAUUAUCCUCAAAUGACGACCCUGAAUUCCACAUCGUCUACUACGACUCCGACCUCCCGCAUGAGGACACAGUCUCCACCGGUGUACACAGCGACCAGCCUGUCUCACAGCAACCUGCACUCCCCCAGUCCCAGCACACAGACCCCCCAGCCAUCAGCCAUCCUCUCGCCCUGUUCCUACACCACCGCGGUCUGCAGCCCUCCUGUACAGAGCCCUCUGGCCGCUCGAACUUUCCACUACGCCUCCCCCACCGCCUCCCAGCUGUCACUCAUGCAACAGCAGCCGCAGCAGCAGGUGCAGCAGUCCCAGCCGCCGCAGACUCAGCCACAGCAGCCGUCCCCGCAGCCACAGACACCUGGCAGCUCCACGCCGAAAAACGAAGUGCACAAGAGCACGCAGGCGCUUCACAACACCAACCUGACCCGGGAAGUCAGGCCCCUCUCCGCCUCGCAGCCCUCGCUGCCGCAUGAGGUGUCCACUCUGAUUUCCAGACCCCAUCCCACUGUGGCCGAGUCCCUGGCCUCCAUCCCUCAACCCGUGACGGCGGUCCCCGGAACGGGCCUUCAGGCAGGGGGCAGGAGCACUGUCCCGCAGCGCGUCACCCUCUUCCGACAGAUGUCGUCGGGAGCCAUCCCCCCCAACCGAGGAGUCCCUCCAGCACCCCCUCCACCAGCAGCUGCUCUUCCGAGAGAAUCUUCCUCAGUCUUAAACACAGACCCAGACGCAGAAAAGCCACGAUUUGCUUCAAAUUUAUGAUCCCUGCUGAUUGUCAAAGCAGAAAAAAAUACUCUCAUAAACUGAGACUAUACUCAGAUCUUAUUUUAUUCUAUCUCCUGAUAGAUCCCUCUAGCCUACUAUGAAGAGAUAUUUUAGACAGCUCUGGCCUACACGUGAAAUGUAAAAAUAUAUAUACAUAUACUAUAAAAUAUAUAUCUAAAUUCCCAAGAGAGGGUCAAAAGACCUGUUUAGCAUUCAGUGUUAUAUGUCUUCCUUUCUUUAAAUCAUUAAAGGAUUUAAAAUGUCCUUGUAAGAUUAUUUAUUUCUAACCUACUUUUACUUAAGUCCUUUGAUAUGUAUAUUUCUCUAUUUUAUGAAGAGUUCUUGGAUUCAAUGGAAACAAAACUGAUUUUAAAAAGGCAACUCAAAUGACCUAGCAAAUAGCACCAAUCAAAUCUUUCUUUCAUUAGCUGUGUCUCUGCAUCUAAAUUGUUAAUCAUUAAUGAUGGAGAAUUAAAUAAGAAAUCCCAUUUUAUAGAUCUAAAUUGUAUUUUGGUGCUUUCAAUUUCGAAUUAGGUUAAAGAAUGCACUACUUGCUUGGCCACCGUAGGAGACUAGCAUUGCCACUGUUAAGAAUAUCACUAAUCUCAGACAUGUUCAUUGAUCUUUCAGAAAGCUGAGGGAAAAUUAAUAUUUGUCUUCAUGUGUUAUCGGACUUUUACCAAGACUCGAUCAAUGUUAGUUGUAAAUAACUUUUUCAACCCAAAUAAAAAUAGCUAUUCUGUGUUGUAUGAAGGUAAAAGUCAUUGUUUAAGAAUUUAGUUUUAUUGCUUCACUUCAAAACUUAGAGUUUUAAAUUUUACAAAACCUGAUUGUGAGAAUUAUUCAAUUGUAAUGCAAUGGCUUGAAACCUACAAUAUUAUUUUAACCUGCAAUGUUUUAUGCAAAAUUGUAUGCUCGAAUCUACAAAUUGCUUGUAUUACACCAGAAAUCAUUACUUUUCUUUCUUCUUGCCAUAAUCAAGCAUCUGAAUAUAGUCCCUGCAUGCUUCUGGGGAAAAAAAAAAAUAGGUUCAAAUCAGUCAUUGUAGAGAAAGGCUUACAGUAUUUCUCGUUUCUAGAAAAGCAUAACAGUUCAUUAAUUGCCUAUCUUAUAAUUCCUAUAAGGCUGACUUGGAUCUCUGACUUAAGUCUAGAAGUGAGGUUUUCACUUUUAUUUAAUAUUAUUGCUAUUAUUAUUUAAAUAAUUAUUUGUAAACCACAGCUUGAUUUGGAGUUAACUGUUGUCUGUGUCUUCACUGUAGCUGGUAAUUUACUAUGGUGUUAAUUUAAAGAAAUAAAUUCAAUACAGCAUCACGUCUGUUUGGGAACACACAUUUUGCUCUAUGUAUAUUGUAACUAAAUGGUUAGUAAACUUUAAGGCAUGUGGUGACUAACGUAGCCCUUACAUAGGAGGUUUGUCAUUUUUAAUGUGUUGAAAAUAGUCCAGACAUGGUGACAGAAAGCAGGGGUAAAGUUGAAUGUCUAUGAGCGUUGUUUGUCUGUUUUCUUAACUCUUUACAUGAUCUGUGAGCACCCGCUUCUUCUCAAAGAACUCCCUUAGUAAUCAUUUGUGCCUAAUGCAUCCCACACAUGUGGAGUAUGACUGGAACACAAUUGAAAGAUUCCUAAUAACCGGCUUUGGUAAAUAACCCAAGUUAAGAGCAUGACCUAAAGUGGAGGUCUUCAGUAUCUCUGGCACUGGCAAUACAUUUAAGAACAUACAGAGAUCACACAUUAUGUGGGACAGGGCCUGCAGAUAGACCUGAGGACAGAAAACAAAAACAAAAGCAAAAACUCUAAAGUGGAUCCUUGCUGCCUGUUAUGCCUUUUGUGGAUAUAAUACCUACAAUACCAAAAUGAGUUGUUAUGUUUAAUUUCAAACAAAUCCCAACUUGUGUGGAAGUAAUUAACAAUGCUAGUCGACGUCAUGUAAUCAUCAAUAUGCUGCUGACAUAUGAUGGCAUGUCAGGAAUACUGCUGUAAGAAAGGGAUUGUUCAGUCUACCUAGAACCUAUGGGAAAGCUGCAAGACCAUUUACAUAUCAGUACUGAACUCCUUUAUUUUAUUAAAAUAUAAGAAUUAACUUCAAUUUAUUAAGAUUAUGUAUUGGUCCUUUAAAUUAUUAAAGGUUUACAUUUGAUAGGAUUAAUGGAUUUGGUAGUGAAAUAUUUUUAUAUAUAUAAAUUUUUGGUUUUUUAUUUCGAGCACUAUUGGGAAACAUAAGCAAAAUUGAAAUGCAUGGUCUUUCAGUGCAACCAUACAUCUUUUAUUCACUUUGUAAUAGAAUGGACAAAAAAACUAAAGUUUAUAUGUUAAACUUAUAAAAUGGUACAGGGUAAAUUAUAUACAUAUAUGUAUGAAUGUAUAUAUACUUAGAUUAAGAAAAAAGUGACUCACAUUCCUGUAAUAUAAGGGUCCAUUGCUAGCUGAAAAGUGACCUCCUUUCUCUGUACAUAGUGAAGCCCGUAUGUAUGGAGUUUUAAUCUGUACAGAAAGAAAUGUAUUAUUGAUUGGUCUUUCUGCUGCUGGAAAGAUAAUAGAAUAGCUGAUUCUUACAACAACUGUAUGAUCAGGGAUGAGUUAGAGUAUUUCUUUUGUCUUUGCUCAAAGCCAUACAUAUAUAAAUAUAUAUAAAGAUUAUUAAUAAAUUCAACAAAAAAUAAACUACAA